GUUGUGACAGUUUAAUCAGGAUUACAUGAUGGUCGCUCUCUGGAUUUUAUAUAUGUCUUUGCAUUUAUUUUACACAGCGAAAGCAUUAGAUCAGAUCAUAUGGGCUGAAUUAUCCUCAAAUACUACGUUCUGUUGUAACUUACCAUUCAAAGAAUCUGAAUCGCUGCAGCUGAGAGUCAAUGACCAACGUAUUACUUCUUUGGUUAAAAGACCUGGCUCAGAUGCUAAAAGAUAUAUCUCUCGGUCAGCUGGAACCUGGAUUGUCAAUGAAACAAUCAAAGAUGAUAUCUGUCUGACAAAAACUAAAAAUAAUCCUGAUGAAAUAGAAAUUCCCCCUCAAAUUAUUUGUGAAAAAGCUGCAGAUGAAGGUCUAGGAGAAACUCUGGAGAAAAAGUCUAUUGUCUUAAAGUUUUACGAACAAGCUAAAAUUAUCGAAUUUCCAAAAAGUCUUAAAGUUAGAGAAGGAUCUAGUCAAGUGAUUGAAUGUAGUGCUACUGGAUUUCCUGAUUUGUCGGUUGUUUGGCGUUUAAAGAAUGGUUCAAUUUUAAAAUCAUCUCAUCAACUUAAUUCAUCUAUUAUAAAUAAAAAUAACACACGACUAAUUAAUCUUCCGUUGGAAUUGUCAAAUAUUCGUUCUGAUCAACAUGGUCAGAUAUAUGUUUGUGAAGCCGGUAUAAAUCGUGCAGCUAAUCAAAAACCAAUUAUCGAAGAGGUGAUGCUUGAAGUUAACUUGUAUCCAAAAAUUCACAUGACUGACAAUGUAAUCUAUACAGAUAUUGAUGUUGAAGAAACAUUUAAUAUUCUAGUAACAGGUUAUCCAACUCCUACAUUGAUUUGUAAUAAUCUACCCGUUACUGAUGCACAUAUGGUAUCGAAUAAACCACAAGGUGGAACAUGGGCAUAUCGUGUUGUAUUAAGUCAAAUCACAAAGCAACAUUUACGUGAAUAUUUAUGCAAAGCAAAUAAUAGUUUGGGUAGUGUAAAUCAAAAGUUGGAAUUAACUGUUGCUCCAUCACCGCCAAAAAUUUUAUCUGCCAAUUCAACACAAUUUGCCGAUUAUUAUCUAUUACAUUGGGCAACAAAUUCACGUGCGCCAUUAAAAAAUGUCACUGUCACUAUAAGUGAAACACCGACAAAUACAGAAUCUGGUGCUGGGAAUUCCAUUGUUCCACGUUCUCCAAUACUUCAUGAACGUGUUUUCAUUUUAGAAGAGGAUAAAGUUGAUCCAACAUCUACAGUAGUUCAAACUAUCAAUAAUACUCGAUUGAAUUUAACCACUGCUAAACAAAUAUGGCAUCAUUUAACAAAUCUUAGCUCAGAUACACGUCAUGAUAUUAGUUUAAGUGUUUGUAAUGCUUAUGCCUGUUCAAAAUCAUCGUCAUUGAAAAGUCGAUCUGGUGGUUCUCCAGGAAGAUUUACAUUUAAAACCCCGGAAUUUGAUGGUUCAAACAAAAUUAAUCCAUCUCUGUUACAACGAAGUCCAAAAGACAUUUUAUCAUUGGAUAAUGAUGUUAAUGGUGAUGAUGAUCCAAACUCAGCAAGAAACGGUAACCACGCCAAAUUAAGACCGCAUCAAACAUGGAUUGUAUUAUUCAGUGUAACAUUAUUAUUGAAAUAUUUUAUAGCAAAUAUAUUCUCAUCUAGUGAUAUUUGUUAACUACAUUCAUACACAUCAUAUACACAACCAACUUCUUUGAUUGUGUUCAUUUGAACAGUUGACAUUAUUCUGAAAAAGAAAAUUUUUUUUUUCUCUUUUUAUCCAAAUCACAAAAGUUUAUUCAUUCUUUGCGUGUUUUCUCUCUAUUGUUACUGUUGUUCGUGUUCAGUUGAUUUUCAAUCUGUUUUGGCCCAAAUGAGAGAGAGAGAGAGCAAAACACACAGCCUUGAAUGAAGUGAUUACUUCUGUUUCUUUGUUUUUUUUUAUGUUUGCUAAUCAUGAAAACAUGAAUUCCACUUUAGGAAUAUUCACAUUAGUUCAGGUUGAUAGUGAUGUAGUCUUUACAUUUAUGAUCAUCGUUGUUGUUGUUGUUAUAGUUGUUGUAUUUCUGUUUAUUACAUCUAUCAUGUACACUUUUGUCUUAUACGACCCUUUAAUUGCACACACACACACACACACGCAUAUACACACAUUUAUCUAUAUAAUGAAUUGCACAGAUUAACGUUAGAAUUAUGACAAGGCAUUACACAGAAUGUUCAUGAAAUUCGUUCCAGACAGACGGUCAUCAUCAUCAUCAUGAUCAUCAUCAUUGUCACUGCAUAAAAAUCAUCGUCCGACACUGAAUGUUUAUCAAAAUGUAUAUCUAUAGUUCUAUUUUUUAUUGUUCUGUGUCUCUCUCUUUCUCUCUCAGUUUAUUUAUCAUGUACCAGUCUUCGUUUGGUUUGCAUUGCCGAUUCAAUAAGUUUUACUUUCCUGAGUAUUGCAACCACUACUACUACUACUAUUAAGCAGGCAUUUUUGUUUAUAGAUUUCUGUCGCCUUUAUUACUGUUUAAACUGCUGAUAUUGUCGAAUAAUAAUUGCUGAUGUUUCGCUUAUGUUGUUCUGCCUUUCUAACUGCAAUUCUUUUAGUAAUUCAUUGUUUUCCUGUUGUUUUUUUUAAUGAUCCCAGCGUUUACAUUACUUACUGUUCAUUUUGUUUUGUUUUUUUAAACCAACAUGUGUACAUUUCUAGUGUUUGUUUAUAGUUUAUCUGAUAUGUUAGUCGACUGUACAUGGAUUAUCUUUCACCAAUUCUCUUCUCCUUUUGAAAUUUAAGUGUACUGCUCUUUAAAAACGAAAAGUCGAAGAAAAAACAAGCGCGCGCGAGAGAGAGAAUAAAGCAAAAUCUGUUGUAAUUUGUUCAGUUUUUUUUUUUAAAUUUCCUUCUACCUCGCUUCAGCAAAGACAAACAACAGAAGCAUUGGAACAUGUUUUACACAGUCUUUUUUUCUUAAUGUAAUUUAAUUUUAUGAUUAAUUAACGGAGUAUAUAUAUAUAUGUGUGUGUGUGUGUGC